AUGAUUUCCUUCCGAAAAGAAAAAGUAUUUCUCUACCCACUUCUGUUAUUACUCUUUGCAGUAACAACGGUAUGGGGUCACACUAUAGGGGUUGAUUUUGGAUCAGAGUUUAUUAAAGUGGCUGGACCUCAUGGGGAGCAGAGCAUUGAUAUUGUUCUCAAUGAGUUUUCACGACGGAAAACCGAAAAUGUUAUAGCAUUUAGAAACAGUGAACGUUUCAUCGGUGAUCCAGCCAAAAAACUUGCGGCUCGCUUUCCUUGGCUGACAGUAAGCGCAAUAAACCUUUUAAUGGGUUUGCAGAAAGAUUCUGAGAAAUUUGAGAACAUAAAAAAAAUUCUUUACCAAAACCAUAUCGACUUUUCUAAGCGUGGAAGUCCAGAAAUUCAAAUAAACGAUAAGCAUGGACCAUUUUCCGGAGAGGAACUCUACUCAAUGAUGCUAUCAUACUUACACAAAAUAUCUGUAAAUGAUGGCAUAGUUGAUCCAAAGGGUAUCGUAAUAACUAUACCAUUUAACACACCAGUAGCAGGUAGAAGAGCCAUCAUAGAUGCAGCCCAAUUCUCGAGUCUUAAUGUCUUGGGGCUUAUACACCCCACUACAGCAGCAGCAUUUUAUUAUGGCGUACGUCAUCGUGGGUUCGGCAAUCAAACGCGAAGCAUCGUCGUGUUUGAUAUCGGCGCUACCCACACAGAAGCUGGGAUAUUUACUUUCUCUCCAUGCGAGAAGGCGGGAGCCUUUUCAGAUUCCUUUGGAACACUUACUACUGUUGCAAUUUUAGAAGACCCAACGUUAGGCAGUCAUGCAUUUGAUUUGUGCUUAGCAGAAAUAAUUGAAGAGGAGGCAAGAAAAAAGUUGAGCAUUGGACCUAUCAUCUCAGAUAAAAGUCAAGGGCAGAUGAGGUCGCGUUUUUCUUUACUUCGUGCAGCAAACAAAGCAAGAGAGACACUAUCUGUAAAUACACAAGUUCCAUAUACAGUAGAAAACAUUGCACCUGAUAAAGAUUUUUCAUCGUCUAUCGCCCGCGAAUCUUUUGAAGAAAAAUGCAGCAACUUAUUUGACCGUGUUAAAAAAUUAGCGUUGGAUGUUAUCGCUCUAGCUGACCACAAAGUUUCCAAAAUUCAUGCGUUCGAAAUGAUGGGGGGAGUAGCGCGCACGCCGAAAAUUCUUUCAGAUUUGUCAUCUGUAAUUGGGCGCAGUGUGGAUCGCACCCUGAAUAUGGAUGAAGCUGCUGCCCUAGGAGCCGCUUAUUAUGCCGUCAAGCUUACUCCUUUUUAUCGCUCAAAGUCGCUCAAACUUGUUCAGCAGGUUCCUUAUCCUAUAUAUUUUUUCGUAGAACCGCGGGUUAAUAAAAAGGUUCCACUUCUAUAUAGGACACUUUUUGAAAAUAAUGCCACAAUAGGAAGCGCAGUAAGCAUUACUUUGAAACGUAUUGAGGAUUUCACGAUCACUCUUUUAAACUCUAACUCGUCUUCUGAUGUGUUUGGUAAAAUUCAUGUAAAUGGGGUGAAAACGGCGUUAGAUAAAUUAAAAUUCAAUAAGCCCGCAUUAGUUCAUCCCAAUAACUCGCACGCGGUGCGUAUCCAGCUGAAAGUGAAUGAAUCUGGACUUAUUGAGAUCGAGAAGGCUGAUGCCAUUGUAAAAUAUGCGACUAAUGUAUCGCAAAUUGUGUUUGAAAAUGUAACCGACGCAAGCGGAGAUAAAAUAAUAGAGUCGAAAAGAGUAUUCUCGAUACAAAUGCGACAUCGUUCCUCCCCCCUUGACGUGUCUCUUGCAUGGCUUCACCCACGCGGGUUAACUGAUGGUGAAACAUUAACUUCGAUUGGAAAACUGUAUGACAUCAAGACCAAUGAGGAGCGGAAACAUGCUGCUGCUUUAGCUAAAAAUAAUUUGGAGGAGUAUAUUUUAUGGGCAAGAGGUGAAGGCGUCUUAGAGAACAAUGAUAUCGAUCGUCAAAUUCAUAAGGUAGCCCUAGAAAGGCUUAGCGAAACUUUAACCACUGUCUACGAUUGGCUUGAAAGUGGUCAUGGUAGCAUGGAUACAUGUAAAGCGGAAGAUUAUAAUGCUCAACUGUCUGCAUUAAAGGUGCUGGUGCACAAUGUCACAGAGAAACCUGAGCCCCCUCGAGCUGCUAGUGAUCCCAUAGUACCAAACAUCAAUUAUACUAAAGAUCCAGAAGAUCUUUGA